AUGUCCUAUGGAGAAUCGAUGAAACGUCGUGUAAGGACCAUUUUUACUGAAGAACAGUGCAUGACUCUUGAAAAAAAAUUUCACGAAACUCAUUAUCCAGAUCAAUCAUCUAAAAAGCGACUUGCCCUUUACUUAAAUAUUCCAGAAGACCGGAUUAUGGUAUGGUUCCAAAAUCGUCGUGCAAAAUGGAGAAAACAAGCUCGAGAAAGACAGAAGUGUUACUCAAACAGACAAAAUGAAACGAUUGAAAGGCAUUCAAUAGAUUAUGAAAACACGAAGAAUGAGUACGUAAUACAAGAUGCAGUAAUGGGGCAGGUUAGUAAUCAAUUUGGCUACAAUGAGUGUGUCACACAACAGCAGAAUCUUCCGGCAAAUUAUCCAACUCAAAGUGUUUUUUACAUGAGCAAAUUCGUGGCGAACAGGGAUUAG